GCUCCAGAAACCUUGAAGAGCGCAUGCGUGCGCCCGCUCGCUCCUUUUCCCUCCUUGGCUGUCUGAAGGCAAGAUGGGUCACCAGCAGCUCUACUGGAGUCACCCGCGGAAGUUCGGCCAGGGUUCUCGCUCCUGCCGCGUCUGCUCCAACCGCCACGGUCUGAUCCGGAAAUACGGGCUGAACAUGUGCCGUCAGUGUUUCCGUCAGUACGCGAAGGACAUUGGCUUCAUCAAGUUGGACUGAGCGACCUUUAAUGGAUUAUUCCAGGCUGUCUACCCCUGAAACGAUCAUGCUAGUCUUUGUACAUAAAGAAUAAAAAAGUGAAGACCUUCAA